AUGAAGGGAAAGGAGCUCCGGCGGUUGGCGCUCCACGUUUUAUUUGGCCAGGCUGUGGCCUUCUUGAACUCCGUCACUGGGGUGACCACGACGAAGCUGGUGUCUCAUAAUGCCAGCUAUCCCCUGCUGCAGUCGUUGACGGCGUACGCCUUUAUUUUUGUCGUUUAUGCGCCACUACUUCUUCUGCUGCAGUUGCGUCACCGGCAGCGGAAGUUUUCAAACUUCACGUUUUUUUACAGGCCGUGGAGGUAUGCUCUGCUUGCCAUCAUCGAUUUGGAGGCGAACUUCGUCAUUGUUAAGGCCUACCAGUAUACGGACAUGAUUUCGGUGCAACUCUUGAGCUGCUUCAACAUCCCGUGCGUGCUCGUAUUGAGCUUUUUCGUCUUGAAAAUGCGCUUCGCGCUCUCACACAUUCUUGGCUGUGUCGUUGCCACAGGCGGGUUGGCACUCCUCAUUGUCUUGGACGCCGAUGGGGUGUCCCGAGACACAGUGGGGCCUAAUGUUGCGAAGGGCGACUUGCUUUGCCUGCUUGCCGCCGCCCUCUACGCGACAAGUAACGUUCUCACGGAGUGGUUCAUUAAGCCCCGGCCAUCACACGCACGGAUUGAGCAUGCAGAGGACGCUGGCGUCAAUCAAGUGGCAGAGGUGUUCCGCGCCCCCGCUUCCCCCGGAGUGUCGUCCCCUUGCGAGUUGCGGCAGAAAGAGGAGCGCAGCGGAUCCCCGACGGCGCCAAAUACCAUGCGUCUUGUGGAGUCAAGGCGAGAAGAGGACCAGGGGCAGCUUGCCGAGGGGGAGGAGGAAUCUCUGCCGGCAGUUCCGAUGUACAUACCUCUUGUGGAGAAUCUUGGCUGUAUGUCCAGUUGUGCUCUUGUCUUUGCCACAAUUCAGUUUUUUGCUCUGGAGUGGAGCUCGUUCGCGCCAGCCCGAAAAGUGUGGACAAAUGAGGACUGGUUGUAUCAAAUGAUGUUUGGUCUCUCCAUGCUCUUCGUGUACACUGGGCUACCGCUUUUAUUUUUGCUUGCAAGUGCGGCGUUUGCCAAUGUGUCCUUGUUGUCGGUGAGUGUGUACAGUAUCAUAUGGAACGUGACCAUCUUCAAUAUUUACCCCACACCAGUCUUCUUUGCAUCGUACGUGAUUAUUGUUCUGGGCGUUGUACUGUACGAUUUGUCCAAUGUUCGCUGGAGCUGGUGCCCUCGUAUAAACUACCCCUGCGGCGACCCUCGCGAAGGUUGUGGUGUUCCGGUGCAGACCUCGGACGCGGCUCCCGGCCACAGAGAACUGGAAGCGGUAUGCGAGGUGGAUGUAGCGCCCGAUGCCGGGAUCACUAAUAAUAGGAAUCAUUGGGCCGAUAGGCCCUAA